AUGAACUUCAUAGCAGCACUCACGUGCUUCAUGCUCGUCGGGAUCCCGUUCCUCGCGAGCCGAGGGCAUGCGAGUGGGGCGCUGGGCCCGUGCAGAACAGAAGACGAUUGUUCACGCACUACUCUCCAGUGCCGGGACGCGGCCGACGGACGCGACUGUUCUGAAGAUGCUGUGUAUUGCUUCUGUCUCUCGUCAUCCUUUGAAGAUUAUUUGUGCUCUCAAGAUUCAGACUGCGCAGACGACGAAACCUGCAUCGAGCUGCAGACAACGGCCGCCACGUUUGUGUCGUUGCCGAUAAGUGACAUAUGUCUCGACAAUGCCCAAGUUCCGUUCCUUGAAUCCCCCAAGCCGUGUGAAAGUGAUGAAGACUGCGACUCAAACGCUGCUUGCGUGGGGUCGUCGGACGGGAAGCUGUGUGUCAGCGCACUCGGUUCAGAGGAUCCAGAAGGUGGCGCCCAACCACCAAGUGAUUCAGACGAUGAUGGGUCGCCCUCGACUGAGAAUCCCGCCGCAACUGAGGAUGCGAGCUCCACAGAGAAUGACGACGACGACGACGACGACGACGACGACAGCGAUAUUUGCAUCGCGGUGAGCUCGCUUGGCGAUGUACCUCAACACCAAUUCGUGUUUAGCCGCCAUGCGAAAGCGCGAGUGCUGUGCGACAAGCAGGGGAGCUGUGCAACAAGAGGCCAUAUGGUGCAGUAUGGCGAGGAGGUCAUGAUGAUGCAGACGUACUGCCAGCGCGUGCGGUGCACCGAUAACAUCAUGCUCGUCAACAGUCUGCGAUAUUCGCGACAGGCCAAAUUCCCCUCCCGCACGGAUCGUCUCAUGUUCACCACGUUCGCAGCCCGGUACAACACGGCCGUGGAGGAAAAUGUGCUCAGAUUUGCUAUCUAUAGCGGUCUUUGAUCAACUAAGUGUCAGAUGCGUACGGCGAAUUGGUAAUGGGGUCGAUGCUUCUUGCAGAGUAUGAGUAUAUCCGAGAGACAUUCCCAUACUCUGCAUCGCUUUACAGGUUAGUAUGUUUGACAUGCUUGGAAAGAAUUCUGGAGGUGACAGGGCUUGUAUUGUGAGUGCAUUGCAACGGAUAACCUACUGAAACAAAGUUAAACUGCCAACGGCAAGUAGUAGCCAGAAGGUGAUCUUGAAACGCGGUUUCUUCUCAAAGUACGUGAGGGACGCAUGGUGUCGUUAUUCUCAGCACUAGUAAUUGGGAUCCCUGUUCCUCCCAACAGACGUCGAAACCGGCGCUAUCAGCUUUCUCAUUCUGCUUGGCCUUUCAGCCUUUUAUACAGCGAGGGUCUGCAACCCGAUAAGCGACCGUGGUACGACCACUUCAUACGUACACGCGUGUCAAUACAUAGGUCAAGGGGAAAGUGUUGCGUUGGAGCGCUUAUCACGCGAUCGGCAGCCCCCCACACCACAUCAACAAGUUGAUAAUAUUGAAGAGGAAAGGUGAAGAGUUGCAUCAUUAUUAGCCAUGACGUCACCUACUGUACCGUAAGUACUAUCCCCGUAAAGUAGAAUGUUGUCUUG